AUGGACAGCGCCCAGGCCGCCGGUGGUGCGUCCACCGGCAAUUCCAGCGAUUUUGUCCGAAAGCUCUACAAAAUGCUGGAAGACCCAUCAUAUGCGCAGAUUGUCCGAUGGGGCGAUGACCGAGAUAGCUUCGUGGUGCUGGAGUGCGAGAAGUUCACCAAGUCCAUCCUCCCCAAGCACUUCAAGCACAGCAACUUCGCCAGCUUCGUGCGCCAGCUCAACAAAUACGACUUCCACAAGGUCCGCCAGAACAACGAGGAGACCGGCCAAUCGCCCUACGGCGCCGGUGCCUGGGAGUUUAAACACCCUGAAUUCAAAGCAGACAACAAGGAUUCGCUAGAUAAUAUCAGAAGAAAAGCCCCCGCCCCCCGAAAACCGCCCCCGCCCAAUGAGGAUGCCAUGCCCACCCAGCAGAUCGACCUCAUGAACCAGCAACUCAUCGCCCAGCAGCAGCAAUACCAACACCUGGCCGAUCGCUUCGCGCAAUUCGCCAUCGACCAGCAGGUUGUCAUGCAAGACAUUCGUCGCGUCCAGAAAACCGCCCUCAAUCACGAACAGAUCAUCCAUUACAUGAUGAACUUCCUGCAUUCCGUAGACGCCCGCCAGCGAAGAGAAAACAGAGCCGCCGCCGCCGCCGCCUUCCCGGGUCAAUCCGGCUCCGACCUCAGCCCCGCCCAGGCUCAGAAUGAUGAGCCCGCGUCCCCCUUACAGCAUGCCAUGAAGCUCCUCAGCGAGAUGAACUCCGAAGUGCAAUUCAGUUUAGAUACCUUGGGCGACAUGCAGGCCCGACUUCCAGGCGCCGUGCCCACACCGCCGCUCGAUCAGGCCCAGCGCAACGGCAUCAUGCGACCCGCCACGUCAGCUGGCCCCGGCCCGGGAAUGGCUUUCCCCAAAAUGAACGGAGAGCUGGAGCCCGUUGUCUACCCCGUCGGCGUUACCAAUGGCAUAGAUCCCAUGUACAAUGACCAGAUGACCAACAUUCCGUACUCGAUACCAGCCACCAAGGAACACAAUCCCGUCGAUCCACGGAGUCAGUAUGCGGAUAGGAAGAAGAGCUCGAGCGCGAACAUGUACCCGGACCCCGGGUGGGUGCGGAGUCCGCAUAUCUUGCUCGUCGAGGAUGAUCAGACGUGUCGCCAUAUUGGUGGGAAGUUUCUCUAUUCAUUUCAAUGCGCGAUAGAUACUGCUUUUGAUGGCCUGGAAGCCGUGAACAAAAUGCAAGGUGGCUCGAAAUACGAUCUGAUUCUCAUGGAUAUCAUCAUGCCCAACCUCGACGGUGUAUCGGCGUGCAGUGUUAUCCGAAGAUUUGACAACACACCUAUUAUUGCGAUGACCUCGAAUAUCCGCAGUAGUGAUAUAGAACUCUAUUUUCAGAAUGGAAUGAACGACGUCCUACCCAAACCCUUCACCCGAUCUAGCCUCCUCAACAUGCUCGAAAAGCACCUUGUCCAUUUGAAAAACAUGCCUGGCACAAUCGACGUUACCCAAUCCGGACCCGCCUCCGCCAUCCCCCAGAACUCCGCCACCCAGUCCGUCAAAGACGAAACAACUCCCGGCCAAUCGCCCGGCACGUCGAUAGGCACCUGGCAAUCGCCCGCGCAGUUCCAGGGCGUCUCGCCCAUCAACGUGUCCAUGCCCAACCAAUUCAUGCAGCCGCAGGCCGUCGCGGCCGCCUCGCCCGGCGGGCCCUUCGCCGCGCUCGACCAAAGCAGCCUCCAAUAUACCACGAACCCCAUGGCUCCCAUGAACCCCGCGGCCGCGGCCGCAGCGGCGGUGUCCGCCACGCCGCGCACGUCGCAUCGGCGUCAGGCGUCCGAGCUAGCGAGCACGGCCGACCCGCACCACAUGGCGAAGCGUCAGCGGAUGUAUGUGGCGGCGGCGGCCGCCGCGGCGAAUAAUGCGCCCGUGGUGAACCCGAUGCAGACGAAUCGGAUGCCUUGA